ACUAUGUUUACCUUUUGAUACAGGGGGAAUCAGGUGUUAUUCAUGGGUUUUUACAUGGGGUUUUGUGGGAAGACAAAGUGUGAGACAGGAAAAAUAUGUGUUGGUUCAACUGACAAUGACCAUGUUUAUUAUAGUCAAACUAUAGGCUAAUGAUAUUCUCUAUCUACAUUCCAGGACGGUAGACUACAGCCAGGAGAUCAGCUGGUGUCGAUUAAUAAGGAGUCGUUAGUUGGAGUGACCUAUGAGGAGGCUAGAAGUAUCCUGACACGCACCAAACUCAGACCAGACCCUACGGUGGAGAUAGCGUUUAUGAGACACAGGUCUUCCUCCAGCUCUGCUUCCUCCAGCAGUGGCCCCCAGAGCCCUAUCACCCCCCAGGGCCCAGUCAGCGGAGCCCCCGCAGUGCCCCCCAUCAGGAGAGAGACCAUGGCUGUGCUGGGGGCCCUGCCUCCCCCUGCAUCACUGCUCCAGCACAGGAGAACCACACUCCCUGCAGCCCUCCCUGGGGUUCCCCUGGUGGUGCCCAAGAACACCUUCACCCCCAACCCCGCCAGCGAGACUCUGCCAUCUGUCAACCUUAGCCAAGUUCGAAUGAGAACAGAACAGAUGUGUGUCUCCUCCCCCCGUCAGAGUCCCAGCACCACAGAUGCCAAGCCUGAAUCCUACCCUGCCUGUCAGCCAAACAGCAUCCAGCACACACCACACAGGAAGUGCUCCCUCAGCUCCAUCAGUCGCCUCAAACUGGAGAGGCUGGAGCAGGCUCUGGAUGCAUUAGGACUGAAUCCUACGGAGGCACAGAGACAGACGUUGAGGGCCAGACUGCGAACAGACCCUGCUGGGACCGUGGCCUACGCAGAGGGGUGCUGGAGACAUCCUUCAGAACUUCCCAGAUCAACUGGAGACGGCAGCAUAGACCAGCUGGACCAGGAUGGCAAAUGACAAACAAACAAUAGAUUGGUGGUUUACAGAUUAUUUUUGGAGUUUGUUUUACGCGGUGGAGAAGCUAGGCAGAGGGUAUUGAAUCCCCUUGCCUGUGUGUGUUGUUGGUGCCAUUCAAGCAAUUUAUCCCUCACAUGAUGGACAGUCUGUUGGAUACAAUGAAGUUGAUGACUUAAGGGAAGAUGUGGAAAGUCCCAUAACAACAAUAUCCCAUUGUAUCAAAGUGGCUCCGAACUCCACCACCCAAACACACCAUAUGCAAGUAUUCUCUUAGUAGAACUGUAGUGUUUAAUAUAGGCGAUAGUAGUAUAUUUUCCUCCUACUGUAUAUAUGUCAUACAUAUAUACAUACGAAAACAGAAAUUCCUUAUUUCCAUAAGUAUUCAGACCCUUUGCUAUGAGACUCGAAAUUGAGCUC